CUUUAUAUUUAAAAUAUCCUAUUAUAUCAGGAGCAUAAUCCUCAUGACAAAAUUUCAUGACAGAAAAACGGAAUCGAUUGUCUUGGUUAACCAACUAAAACGAAAUAUUUCAAAAACAGAGUUAUCCAAAAGGAUCUUGAUUGCAAUUCCUAAUUCUGUGGAAUUUCACAAUUAUGAAUCGAAUAAAUUAUACAGGAAAGUUGUCAUACUACAAAAUGUGAGUACAUCUUUAGCCAGAUUUCAAUUAGCAGCAAGGCCUAUAUAUUCACGAUUCACUGUCAUGAUUGAAUACAAAGGACAAAAGAGUGGUAUUUGCCCAGGAAUGCACGUAAAAUUGAUUAUUUUCUUUCGUUGCGAUAUCUUGGACGAACCCGAAGAAAUGUUAAUGAUAAAUGUACAACAAGGACGUUCGGUGAUUAUUAAAUUGCGCGGACGUCGAGAUUCACCAAUAUUGCGAAUGACUACUAUCGCGUAUUUUCAAUAUCCGCGAAAAGAACUUCGAGCAAAAACCGUGAUAAAAAGUGAUAGAAAGUGGUUUGUGGAAAUUCCAUUUACACAAAUAAAUUCCUAUGAAAAGGAGAAAAUAAAUUCACAGUCUCGGUACACUUUCGGUACAAGAAGCAACGAUAUAUCAAAUACAUCUGAAGAGAGUGUAAUGUAUUGCAAGAAAUUAAAAAGCUUCGAAUGUGGAAAGUGCCUCCUAGAUCAACAAGUUAUUUUAUCUCUGAUGGUUAAAAAUAUCGGCGGCGAAGGAAGAUUCUUCAUUAUGAGCGAAAUCGACUGGUGCUCGAUGCAUAUCGAGGAUGUGACUAACGAUAAUAUGCUGAUUCUACCAUCUUUUGCUAUGUGGCCCGCAUAUUUUACACUAAAGUCGCAAGAAUAUAUAUAUCUAUAUAUCUAUUUUUUCCCCGAUGCUCACGGAAUGCACGUAAAUUAUAAUGUGAAAAAAGUAAAAUUUUACAAUAUUUUUCUUAUUCUUUAAUAAUUCUCUUCUCUCUUUCUCUGUCUCUUCUUUCUCUUCGCUCACUGUAAACUCAGGAAGAGACAUUGUAUGCAAUUUGCGACAAUUGUUCCAUAAUAACAACAGAGCUCAUUGGAGAUGGAAUCGCAAACGAUAGUAAAGUAUAAGA